AGAGGGGGCUAUGGAGGAUCUGCAGAGAUGAUCCUGUACACACUCACACCCCUGUCCCCUCUGUAGAACCCCCAGACAGUAGCGUUGGUGCAUGGCCUGGUGAAGGAGGGGGCGGUUGGGGAGCUGCGGAGGUGUUUUGGCUCUAGGAUGGAGUUUGGGACGGCUGGACUCAGAGCUGCCAUGGGACCAGGGAUCUCCUGUAUGAACGACCUCACCAUCAUACAGACCACGCAGGUAUGACCUACGACCUCACCAUCAUACAGACCACGCAGGUAUGACCUACGACCUCACCAUCAUACAGACCACGCAGGUAUGACCUACGACCUCACCAUCAUACAGACCACGCAGGUAUGACCUACGACCUCACCAUCAUACAGACCACACAGGUAUGACCUACGACCUCACCAUCAUACAGACCACGCAGGUAUGACCUACGACCUCACCAUCAUACAGACCACGCAGGUAUGACCUACGACCUCACCAUCAUACAGACCACGCAGGUAUGACCUACGACCCCACCAUCAUACAGACCACGCAGGUAUGACCUACGACCUCACCAUCAUACAGACCACGCAGGUAUGACCUACGACCUCACCAUCAUACAGACCACGCAGGUAUGACCUACGACCUCACCAUCAUACAGACCACGCAGGUAUGACCUACGACCUCAACCAUCAUACAGACCACGCAGGUAUGACCUACUACCUCACCAUCAUACAGACCACGCAGGUAUGACCUACGACCUCACCAUCAUACAGACCACACAGGUAUGACCUACGACCUCACCAUCAUACAGACCACGCAGGUAUGACCUACGACCUCACCAUCAUACAGACCACGCAGGUAUGACCUACGACCUCACCAUCAUACAGACCACGCAGGUAUGACCUACGACCUCACCAUCAUACAGACCACGCAGGUAUGACCUACGACCUCACCAUCAUACAGACCACUAGUAUGACCUACGACCUCACCAUCAUACAGACUACACAGGUAUGACUACGACCUCCCAUCUACAGACCACUAGUAUGACCUACGACCUCACCAUCAUACAGACCACACAGGUAUGACCUACGACCUCACCAUCAUACAGACCACUAGUAUGACCUACGACCUCACCAUCAUACAGACCACACAGGUAUGACCUACGACCUCACCAUCAUACAGACCACGCAGGUAUGACCUACGACCUCACUUCAUACCGACCACACAGGUAUGACCUACGACCUCACCAUCAUACCAACCACACGUGUGACCUACGACCUCACACAAUACCAGAAAGACCUACGCCUCACCACAUCAGCCCCCGUCGUAGCAACACACACACACACUGGUGCCGCAUGGUCAUUGGCUCCUCCUGAUUAUGUGGUGUCAGCACACAACAAUGCUUUUAGUGUUUUACUAAACCUCUCUCUUCUCCCUCCCUCUCUCCCCCCCUCUCCUCUUCUCCUCCCCCCUCUCCCCUCUCCUCUCUCCCCCCAGGGGUUCUGUAAGUAUCUGGAGCACUGUUUCGGGGAGGGUCUGAAGGAGAGGGGAGUGGUGGUAGGGUUUGAUGCCCGUGCCCACCCCCCCAGUGGAGGCAGCAGUAAACAUUUUGCCAGCCUGGCAGCCGCCGUGUUCACCAGCCGGGGAGUACCUGUCCACCUGUUCUGUGACAUCACACCCACACCCUUCGUGGUACGCCUGUCUAUAUAAUAACACACGCCUGUCUGUAUAAUAACACACGCCUGUCUGUAUAAUAACACACGCCUGUCUGUAUAAUAACACACGCCUGUCUAUAUAAUAACACACCUGUCUAUAUAAUAACACGCCUGUCUAUAUAAUAACACACGCCCUGUCUAUAUAAUAACACACGCCUGUCUAUAUAAUAACACACGCCUGUCUAUAUAAUAACCACGCCUGUCUAUAUAAUAACACGCGCCUGUCUAUAUAAUAACACGCGCCUGUCUAUAUAAUAACACACGCCUGUCUAUAUAAUACACACGCCUGUCUAUAUAAUAACACGCGCCUGUCUAUAUAAUAAUAACACGCCUGUCUAUAUAAUAACACGCGCCUGUCUAUAUAAUAACACGCGCCUGUCUAUAUAAUAACACGCGCCUGUCUAUAUAAUAACACGCGCCUGUCUAUAUAAUAACACGCGCCUGUCUAUAUAAUAACACGCGCCUGUCUAUAUAAUAACACGCGCCUGUCUAUAUAAUAACACGCGCCUGUCUGUAUAAUAACACGCGCCUGUCUGUAUAAUAACACCGCCUGUCUGUAUAAUAACACGCGCCUGUCUGUAUAAUAACACGCGCCUGUCUGUAUAAUAACACGCGCCUGUCUGUAUAAUAACACGCGCCUGUCUGUAUAAUAACACGCGCCUGUCUAUAUAAUAACACGCGCCUGUCUAUAUAAUAACACGCCUGUCUAUAUAAUAACACGCGCCCUGUCUAUAUAAUAACACGCGCCUGUCCUAUAUAACAAACACGCGCCUGUCUAUAUAAAACACGCGCCUGUCUAUAUAACAACACGCGCUCUGUCUAAUAUAACACGCGCCUGUCUAUAUAAACACGCGCCUGUCUAUAUAUAACACGCGCCUGUCUAUAUAACAACACGCGCCUGUCUUAUACAACACGCGCCUGUCUAUAUAAUAACACGCCUGUCUAUAUAAUAACACGCGCCUGUCUAUAUAAUAACACGCCUGUCUAUAUAAUAACACGCGCCUGUCUGUAUAAUAACACACCUUACAGGUAGACCUACACAGUAACUCACAGGUCAGUUAGAACAGGUAGACCUACACAGUAACUCACAGGUCAGUUAGAACAGGUAGACCUACACAGUAACUCACAGGUCAGUUAGAACAGGUAGACCUACACAGUAACUCACAGGUCAGUUAGAACAGGUAGACCUACACAGUAACUCACAGGUCAGUUAUAUCAGGUAGACCUACACAGUAACUCACAGGUCAGUUAGAAACAGGUAGACCUACACAGUAACUCACAGGUCAGUUAGAACAGGUAGACCUACACAGUAACUCACAGGUCAGUUAUAACAGGUAGACCUACACAGUAACUCACAGGUAGACCUACACAGUAACUCACCUGUAGUCUAACUAAUGCAGCAUAGUGGCUACAUGGCUGAAACAGGGGGUUGGCACUCUGAUUAUCACCUGUAGUCUAACUAAUGCAGCAUAGUGGCUACGUGGCUGAAACACGGGGUUGGCACUCUGAUUAUCACCUGUAGUCUAAACUAAUGCAGCAUAGUGGCUACAUGGCUGAAACACGGGGUUGGCACUCUGAUUAUCACCUGUAGUCUAACUAAUGCAGCAUAGUGGCUACAUGGCUGAAACACGGGGUUGGCACUCUGAUUAUCACCUGUAGUCUAACUAAUGCAGCAUAGUGGCUACAUGGCUGAAACACGGGGUUGGCACUCUGAUUAUCACCUGUAGUCUAACUAAUGCAGCAUAGUGGCUACGUGGCUGAAACACGGGGUUGGCACUCUGAUUAUCACCUGUAGUCUAACUAAUGCAGCAUAGUGGCUACGUGGCUGAAACACGGGGUUGGCACUCUGAUUAUCACCUGUAGUCUAACUAAUGCAGCAUAGUGGCUACAUGGCUGAAACACGGGGUUGGCACUCUGAUUAUCACCUGUAGUCUAACUAAUGCAGCAUAGUGGCUACGUGGCUGAAACACGGGGGUUGGCACUCUGAUUACCCCUAGUGAAUGAGGUAGAUCACAGACUCUAAAUGUGAUCUUGUUGGUUCCACUGGCACUUAUUUAAUGUUGAUGGAUAAAACCCAAUAUUAUUAUAAUAUUAGAUCAUAUUUAGUUAGUCUGACCUAUCUGGGACACCUACAAUCAUUCAAAGAAAUAUAAGUGUUUUUCGGUUUCAGAAUCAACUUCAUUUGCUAUUUUGGUUAAUGGCCUUGGUGCCCUGGCAGAUUGCCCCCCCCCCCCCCCCCUUAAGGACAAAUGCCCCUAAAACCAGGACAUUCCAGGCCAGACAGACACCCUUUGUGGUAUCUGUUGAUGUAAUGUCACAGAAGCACUCACAGGCCUAGACUUUACACUUUAACCAUGUGGAUUCUUAGGUAGACCUACACAGGAACUCUCUGGAAAGUUUUUGACAUUGUUACUUUGCUGUUUGCAGGGUACAAAAAAACAGACACACACACACACAUACAAUGGGGAGAACAAGUAUUUGAUACACUGUCGAUUUUGCAGGUUUUCCUACUUACAAAGCAUGUAGAGGUCUGUAAUUUUUAUCAGAGGUACACUUCAACUGUGAGAGACGGAAUCUAAAACAAAAAUCCAGAAAAUCACAUUGUAUGAUUUUUAAGUAAUUAAUUUGCAUUUUAUUGCAUGACAUAAGUAUUUGAUACAUCAGAAAAGCAGAACUUAAUAUUUGGUACAGAAACCUUUGUUUGCAAUUACAGAGAUCAUACGUUUCCUGUAGGUCUUGACCAGGUUUGCACACACUGCAGCAGGGAUUUUGGCCCACUCCUCCAUACAGACCUUCUCCAGAUCCUUCAGGUUUCGGGGCUGUCGCUGGGCAAUACGGACUUUCAGCUCCCUCCAAAGAUUUUCUAUUGGGUUCAGGUCUGGAGACUGGCUAGGCCACUCCAGGACCUUGAGAUGCUUCUUACGGAGCCACUCCUUAGUUGCUGUGUGUUUUGGGUCGUUGUCAUGCUGGAAGACCCAGCCACGACCCAUCUUCAAUGGUCUUACUGAGGGAAGGAGGUUGUUGGCCAAGAUCUUGCGAUACAUGGCCCCAUCCAUCCUCCCCUCAAUACGGUGCAGUCGUCCUGUCCCCUUUGCAGAAAAGCAUCCCCAAAGAAUGAUGUUUCCACCUCCAUGCUUCACGGUUGGGAUGGUGUUCUUGGGGUUGUACUCAUCCUUCUUCUUCCUCCAAACACGGCGAGUGGAGUUUAGACCAAAAAUCUCUAUUUUUGUCUCAUCAGACCACAUGACCUUCUCACAUUCCUCCUCUGGGUCAUCCAGAUGGUCAUUGGCAAACUUCAGACGGGCCUGGACAUGCGCUGGCUUGAGCAGGGGGACCUUGCGUGUGCUGCAGGAUUUUAAUCCAUGACGGCAUAGUGUGUUACUAAUGGUUUUCUUUGAGACUGUGGUCCCAGCUCUCUUCAGGUCAUUGACCAGGUCCUGCCGUGUAGUUCUGAGCUGAUCCCUCACCCUCCUCAUGAUCAUUGAUGCCCCACGAGGUGAGAUCUUGCAUGGAGCCCCAGACCGAGGGUGAUUGACCGUCAUCUUGAACUUCUUCCAUUUUCUAAUAAUUGCGCCAACAGUUGUUGCCUUCUCACCAAGCUGCUUGCCUAUUGUCCUGUAGCCCAUCCCAGCCUUGUGCCGGUCUACAAUUGUAUCCCUGAUGUCCUUACACAGCUCUCUGGUCUUGGCCAUUGUGGAGAGGUUGGAGUCUGUUUGAUUGAGUGUGUGGACGGGUGUCGUUUUAUACAGGUAACGAGUUCAAACAGGUGCAGUUAAUACAGGUAAUGAGUGGAGAACAGGAGGGCUUCUUAAAGAAAAACUAACAGGUCUGUAAGAGCCGGAAUUCUUACUGGUUGGUAGGUGAUCAAAUACUUAUGUCAUGCAAUAAAAUGCUAAUGUAUUACUACACUAACUGUAAGUCGCUCUGGAUAAGAGCGUCUGCUAAAAUGACUAAAAUGUAAAAAUGUUCAUGUUAAUAACAGUAUUUCCCUCUCCAGCCCUUCACUGUAUCUCAUCUGGGUCUUUGUGCUGGUAUCAUGGUAACCGCCUCCCACAACCCCAAACAGGACAACGGAUACAAGGUAACGUUCAUUACUUUAUUGAUUAACCUAUUGAUUGAUUAUUUCAGUGUUUCUUUUCAGGUCUUGGGCGUAUUGAUCUGUUUCUGUUGGAUCCGUUUCUAGGUGUAUUAGACCAGUGUAAAGUAGUCUCUCUCUCUCUCUCGCUCCCCCCCCCCCCCCCCCCUGUCUCCCAGGUGUAUUGGGAGAACGGUGCCCAGAUCGUGCCGCCCCAUGAUAAGGGUAUCUCUGUAGCCAUCGAGGCUAACCUGGAGCCCUGGCCUGAGUCCUGGGACACAUCAUCUCUCUCUCACAGCCCUCUGCUGAAGGACCCUUACCAAGACAUUCACACUGAGUACUACCGGACCAUCCAGCAACACUGUCACCACAGGUACUCCACCCCCCCCCCCCCCACACCCCCUAACCCCCAUCUCCCCCACUCCCUCUUCUAACCCCCAUCUCCCGUCCUUUUCAGGGACAUCAACAAGAGUUCGGAGGUGAAUAUCGUGCACACCUCCGUGCAUGGAGUAGGGCACACCUUCGUCCAAUCAGCUUUCAAGGCCUUUGACCUACGACCCCCGUACGCUGUGGAGGAACAGAAAGACCCUGACCCCGAGUUCCCCACCGUCCAAUACCCCAACCCCGAGGAGGGGGAGGGGGUCCUGGUACACAACCACCGUCCAAUACCCCGACCCUGAGGAGGGGGAGGGAGUCCUGGUACACAACCACCGUCCAAUACCCCGACCCUGAGGAGGGGGUCCUGGUCAAUAAUAUGAACCAUGUAAUACUAGUCUAGAACUAGUCUCAAUCCUAGACAACAUGGUGUAAUAAUGGGACAUGCCAACCCCUCCCUCCCUCCCUCCAACAGUCUAGAACUAGUCCCAAUCCUAGACAACAUGGUGUAAUAAUGGGACAUGCCAACCCCUCCCUCCCUCCCUCCAACAGUCUAGAACUAGUCUCAAUCCUAGACAACAUGGUGUAAUAAUGGGACAUGCCAACCCCUCCCUCCCUCCCUCCAACAGUCUAGAACUAGUCCCAAUCCUAGACAAACAUGGUGUAAUAAUGGGACAUGCCAACCCCUCCCUCCCUCCCUCCAACAGUCUAGAACUAGUCCCAAUCCUAGACAACAUGGUGUAAUAAUGGGACAUGCCAACCCCUCCCUCCCUCCCUCCAACAGUCUAGAACUAGUCCCAAUCCUAGACAACAUGGUGUAAUAAUGGGACAUGCCAACCCCUCCCUCCCUCCCUCCAACAGUCUAGAACUAGUCCCAAUCCUAGACAACAUGGUGUAAUAAUGGGACAUGCCAACCCCUCCCUCCCUCCAACAGUCUAGAACUAGUCCCAAUCCUAGACAACAUGGUGUAAUAAUGGGACAUGCCAACCCCUCCCUCCCCCUCCAACAGUCUAGAACUAGUCUCAAUCCUAGACAACAUGGUGUAAUAAUGGGACAUGCCAACCCCUCCCCCUCCCUCCAACAGUCUAGAACUAGUCUCAAUCCUAGACAACAUGGUGUAAUAAUGGGACAUGCCAACCCCUCCCCUCCCUCCAACAGUCUAGAACUAGUCCCAAUCCUAGACAACAUGGUGUAAUAAUGGGACAUGCCAACCCCUCCCUCCCUCCCUCCCUCCAACAGUCUAGAACUAGUCCCAAUCCUAGACAACAUGGUGUAAUAAUGGGACAUGCCAACCCCUCCCUCCCUCCAACAGUCUAGAACUAGUCCCAAUCCUAGACAACAUGGUGUAAUAAUGGGACAUGCCAACCCCUCCCUCCCUCCCUCCAACAGUCUAGAACUAGUCUCAAUCCUAGACAACAUGGUGUAAUAAUGGGACAUGCCAACCCCUCCCUCCCUCCCUCCAACAGUCUAGAACUAGUCUCAAUCCUAGACAACAUGGUGUAAUAAUGGGACAUGCCAACCCCUCCCUCCCUCCCUCCAACAGUCUAGAACUAGUCCCAAUCCUAGACAACAUGGUGUAAUAAUGGGACAUGCCAACCCCUCCUCCCUCCAACAGUCUAGAACUAGUCUCAAUCCUGGACAACAUGGUGUAAUAAUUGGGACAUGCCAACCCCUCCCCCCCCCUCCCUCCAACAGUCUAGAACUAGUCCCAAUCCUAGACAACAUGGUGUAAUAAUGGGACAUGCCAACCCCCUCCCUCCCUCCCUCCAACAGUCUAGAACUAGUCUCAAUCCUAGACAACAUGGUGUAAUAAUGGGACAUGCCAACCCCUCCCUCCCUCCCUCCAACAGUCUAGAACUAGUCCCAAUCCUAGACAACAUGGUGUAAUAAUGGGACAUGCCAACCCCCCCCCUCCCUCCCUCCAACAGUCUAGAACUAGUCCCAAUCCUAGACAACAUGGUGUAAUAAUGGGACAUGCCAACCCCCCUCCCUCCCUCCCUCCAACAGUCUAGAACUAGUCUCAAUCCUAGACAACAUGGUGUAAUAAUGGGACAUGCCAACCCCCUCCCUCCCUCCCUCCAACAGUCUAGAACUAGUCUCAAUCCUAGACAACAUGGUGUAAUAAUGGGACAUGCCAACCCCUCCCUCCCUCCCUCCAACAGUCUAGAACUAGUCUCAAUCCUAGACAACAUGGUGUAAUAAUGGGACAUGCCAACCCCUCCCUCCCUCCCUCCAACAGUCUAGAACUAGUCUCAAUCCUAGACAACAUGGUGUAAUAAUGGGACAUGCCAACCCCUCCCUCCCUCCCUCCAACAGUCUAGAACUAGUCCCAAUCCUAGACAACAUGGUGUAAUAAUGGGACAUGCCAACCCCUCCCUCCCUCCCUCCAACAGUCUAGAACUAGUCUCAAUCCUAGACAACAUGGUGUAAUAAUGGGACAUGCCAACCCCUCCCUCCCUCCAACAGUCUAGAACUAGUCCCAAUCCUAGACAACAUGGUGUAAUAAUGGGACAUGCCAACCCCUCCCUCCCUCCAACAGUCUAGAACUAGUCUCAAUCCUAGACAACAUGGUGUAAUAAUGGGACAUGCCAACCCCUCCCUCCCUCCCUCCAACAGUCUAGAACUAGUCCUCAAUCCUAGACAACAUGGUGUAAUAAUGGGACAUGCCAACCCCUCCCUCCCUCCCCCUCCAACAGUCUAGAACUAGUCUCAAUCCUAGACAACAUGGUGUAAUAAUGGGACAUGCCAACCCCUCCCUCCCUCCAACAGUCUAGAACUAGUCUCAAUCCUAGACAACAUGGUGUAAUAAUGGGACAUGCCAACCCCUCCCUCCCUCCAACAGUCUAGAACUAGUCCCAAUCCUAGACAACAUGGUGUAAUAAUGGGACAUGCCAACCCCUCCCUCCCUCCCUCCAACAGUCUAGAACUAGUCUCAAUCCUAGACAACAUGGUGUAAUAAUGGGACAUGCCAACCCCUCCCUCCCUCCCCUCCAACAGUCUAGAACUAGUCCCAAUCCUAGACAACAUGGUGUAAUAAUGGGACAUGCCAACCCCUCCCUCCCUCCCUCCAACAGUCUAGAACUAGUCCCAAUCCUAGACAACAUGGUGUAAUAAUGGGACAUGCCAACCCCCUCCCCCUCCAACAGUCUAGAACUAGUCUCAAUCCUAGACAACAUGGUGUAAUAAUGGGACAUGCCAACCCCUCCCUCCCUCCCUCCCUCCAACAGUCUAGAACUAGUCCCAAUCCUAGACAACAUGGUGUAAUAAUGGGACAUGCCAACCCCUCCCUCCCUCCCUCCAACAGUCUAGAACUAGUCCCAAUCCUAGACAACAUGGUGUAAUAAUGGGACAUGCCAACCCCUCCCUCCCUCCCUCCAACAGUCUAGAACUAGUCCCAAUCCUAGACAACAUGGUGUAAUAAUGGGACAUGCCAACCCCUCCCUCCCUCCCUCCAACAGUCUAGAACUAGUCUCAAUCCUAGACAACAUGGUGUAAUAAUGGGACAUGCCAACCCCUCCCUCCCUCCCUCCAACAGUCUAGAACUAGUCCCAAUCCUAGACAACAUGGUGUAAUAAUGGGACAUGCCAACCCCUCCCUCCCUCCCUCCAACAGUCUAGAACUAGUCCCAAUCCUAGACAACAUGGUGUAAUAAUGGGACAUGCCAACCCCUCCCUCCCUCCCUCCAACAGUCUAGAACUAGUCUCAAUCCUAGACAACAUGGUGUAAUAAUGGGACAUGCCAACCCCUCCCUCCCUCCAACAGUCUAGAACUAGUCUCAAUCCUAGACAACAUGGUGUAAUAAUGGGACAUGCCAACCCCUCCCUCCCUCCCUCCAACAGUCUAGAACUAGUCCCAAUCCUAGACAACAUGGUGUAAUAAUGGGACAUGCCAACCCCUCCCUCCCUCCAACAGUCUAGAACUAGUCCCAAUCCUAGACAACAUGGUGUAAUAAUGGGACAUGCCAACCCCUCCCCUCCCUCCCUCCAACAGUCUAGAACUAGUCCCAAUCCUAGACAACAUGGUGUAAUAAUGGGACAUGCCAACCCCUCCCUCCCUCCAACAGUCUAGAACUAGUCUCAAUCCUAGACAACAUGGUGUAAUAAUGGGACAUGCCAACCCCUCCCUCCAACAGUCUAGAACUAGUCCCAAUCCUAGACAACAUGGUGUAAUAAUGGGACAUGCCAACCCCUCCCUCCCUCCCUCCAACAGUCUAGAACUAGUCCCAAUCCUAGACAACAUGGUGUAAUAAUGGGACAUGCCAACCCCUCCCUCCCUCCCUCCAACAGUCUAGAACUAGUCCCAAUCCUAGACAACAUGGUGUAAUAAUGGGACAUGCCAACCCCUCCCUCCCUCCCUCCAACAGUCUAGAACUAGUCCCAAUCCUAGACAACAUGGUGUAAUAAUGGGACAUGCCAACCCCUCCCUCCCUCCCUCCAACAGUCUAGAACUAGUCCCAAUCCUAGACAACAUGGUGUAAUAAUGGGACAUGCCAACCCCUCCCUCCCUCCAACAGUCUAGAACUAGUCCCAAUCCUAGACAACAUGGUGUAAUAAUGGGACAUGCCAACCCCUCCCUCCCUCCCUCCAACAGUCUAGAACUAGUCUCAAUCCUAGACAACAUGGUGUAAUAAUGGGACAUGCCAACCCCCUCCCUCCCUCCCUCCAACAGUCUAGAACUAGUCUCAAUCCUAGACAACAUGGUGUAAUAAUGGGACAUGCCAACCCCUCCCUCCCUCCCUCCAACAGUCUAGAACUAGUCCCAAUCCUAGACAACAUGGUGUAAUAAUGGGACAUGCCAACCCCUCCCUCCCUCCCUCCAACAGUCUAGAACUAGUCCCAAUCCUAGACAACAUGGUGUAAUAAUGGGACAUGCCAACCCCUCCCUCCCUCCCUCCAACAGUCUAGAACUAGUCCCAAUCCUAGACAACAUGGUGUAAUAAUGGGACAUGCCAACCCCCCUCCCUCCCUCCAACAGUCUAGAACUAGUCUCAAUCCUAGACAACAUGGUGUAAUAAUGGGACAUGCCAACCCCUCCCUCCCUCCCUCCAACAGUCUAGAACUAGUCCCAAUCCUAGACAACAUGGUGUAAUAAUGGGACAUGCCAACCCCUCCCCUCCCUCCAACAGUCUAGAACUAGUCCCAAUCCUAGACAACAUGGUGUAAUAAUGGGACAUGCCAACCCCUCCCUCCCUCCCUCCAACAGUCUAGAACUAGUCCCAAUCCUAGACAACAUGGUGUAAUAAUGGGACAUGCCAACCCCUCCCUCCCUCCCUCCAACAGUCUAGAACUAGUCUCAAUCCUAGACAACAUGGUGUAAUAAUGGGACAUGCCAACCCCUCCCUCCCUCCCUCCAACAGUCUAGAACUAGUCCCAAUCCUAGACAACAUGGUGUAAUAAUGGGACAUGCCAACCCCUCCCUCCCUCCCUCCAACAGUCUAGAACUAGUCCCAAUCCUAGACAACAUGGUGUAAUAAUGGGACAUGCCAACCCCUCCCUCCCCUUGGUUUGAAGCCUCCUCCCCCUAGUUAGGUCAGAGACAGGGUUCAAAUCAUGUCUUCUUGUUUUCAUUGUUCUCCCAUUGUCCCACUGAAGCUAGAAGCACAUCUAGUUAGUUGAUUAGUAUCUCUGCUUUCCAACUGUGAUACCGUGUGUGUGUGUGUGUUUACGGUGUGUUUGUGUGUUUCCUGCAGACCCUGUCGUUUGCCCUGGCGGAGAGGGAGGGAGCUAGUGUAGUUCUGGCCAACGACCCUGAUGCUGACCGCCUGGCCAUCGCUGAGAAACAGAAGGGGUAGGGUACACGUUGUGUAGUGUUCAUUGGUGAUGAGUUGGGGGGGCGUUGCUGGGCUGAUGGGUGUGUAACAUCUCUGUCUCUGUCUCUCUCUCUGUCUCUCUCUCUCUCUCUGUGUCUCUCUGUCUCUCUCUCUCUCUCUUUCUGUCCCCCAUCUCUCUCUGGCUGUGUGUGUAGUGGUCAGUGGCGUGUGUUCAGUGGUAAUGAGUUGGGGGCGUUGCUGGGUUGGUGGGUGUGUAACAUCUCUGUCUCUCUGUGUAGUGGUCAGUGGCGUGUGUUCAGUGGUAAUGAGUUGGGGGCGUUGCUGGGUUGGUGGGUGUGUAACAUGUCUCUCUCUCUCUGUGUGUGUGUAGUGGUCAGUGGCGUGUGUUCAGUGGUAAUGAGUUGGGGGCGUUGCUGGGUUGGUGGGUUGUGUAACAUGUCUCUCUCUCUGUGUGUGUGUAGUGGUCAGUGGCGUGUGUUCAGUGGUAAUGAGUUGGGGGCGUUGCUGGGUUGGUGGGUGUGUAACAUGUCUCUCUCUCUCUGUGUGUGUGUAGUGGUCAGUGGCGUGUGUUCAGUGGUAAUGAGUUGGGGGCGUUGCUGGGUUGGUGGGUGUGUAACAUGUCUCUCUCUCUGUGUGUGUGUAGUGGUCAGUGGCGUGUGUUCAGUGGUAAUGAGUUGGGGGCGUUGCUGGGUUGGUGGGUGUGUAACAUGUCUCUCUCUCUGUGUGUGUGUAGUGGUCAGUGGCGUGUGUUCAGUGGUAAUGAGUUUGGGGGGCGUUGCUGGGUUGGUGGGUGUGUAACAUGUCUCUCUCUCUCUGUGUGUGUGUAGUGGUCAGUGGCGUGUGUUCAGUGGUAAUGAGUUGGGGGCGUUGCUGGGUUGGUGGGUGUGUAACAUCUCUGUCUCUCUCUGUAGUGGUCAGUGGCGUGUGUUCAGUGGUAAUGAGUUGGGGGCGUUGCUGGGUUGGUGGGUGUGUAACGUCUCUGUCUCUCUGUCUCUGUCUCUGUGUGUGUAGUGGUCAGUGGCGUGUGUUCAGUGGUAAUGAGUUGGGGGCGUUGCUGGGUUGGUGGGUGUGUAACAUGUCUCUCUCUCUGUGUGUGUGUGUAGUGGUCAUUGGCGUGUGUUCAGUGGUAAUGAGUUGGGGGCGUUGCUGGGUUGGUGGGUGUGUAACAUGUCUCUCUCUCUCUGUGUGUGUGUAGUGGUCAGUGGCGUGUGUUCAGUGGUAAUGAGUUGGGGGCGUUGCUGGGUUGGUGGGUGUGUAACAUGUCUCUCUCUCUGUGUGUGUGUGUAGUGGUCAGUGGCGUGUGUUCAGUGGUAAUGAGUUGGGGGCGUUGCUGGGUUGGUGGGUGUGUAACAUCUCUGUCUCUGUCUCUGUGUGUGUAGUGGUCAGUGGCGUGUGUUCAGUGGUAAUGAGUUGGGGGCGUUGCUGGGUUGGUGGGUGUGUAACGUCUCUGUCUCUCUCUCUGUGUGUGUAGUGGUCAGUGGCGUGUGUUCAGUGGUAAUGAGUUGGGGGCGUUGCUGGGUUGGUGGGUGUGUAACAUGUCUCUCUCUCUCUCUCUCUCUCUCCUCUCUGUCUCUCUCUGUCUCUCUCUGUCUCUGUCUCUGUGUGUGUAGUGGUCAGUGGCGUGUGUUCAGUGGUAAUGAGUUGGGGGCGUUGCUGGGUUGGUGGGUGUACCAGUGUUGGAAACAGACCAACCCAGACCAGUCUACGGUGAAGUCAGUCUACAUGCUGGCCUCCACCGUCUCCUCUAAGAUUCUACGGGCCAUCGCUCUCAAGGAGGGCUUCCACUUUGAGGUAACACACACACACACACACACACACACACAAACACACACAUAGACACAGACAUAUAGAGUGGCUUGCGAAAGUAUUCACCCCCCCACCUUGGCACUUUUCCAAUGUUGUUGCCUUACAACCUGGAAUCAUUGGAUUUUACACAACAUGCCUACCACUUUGAAGAUGCAAAAUAUGUUUUCUUGUGAAACAAACAAGAAAUAAGACCAAAAAAACAGAACUUGAGCAUGCAUAACUAUUCACCCCCCACAGUCAAUACUUUGUAGAGCCACCUUUUGCAGCAAUUACAGCUGCAAGUCUCUUGGGGUAUGUCUCUAUAAGCUUGGCACAUCUAGCCACUGGGAUUUUUGCCCAUUCUUCAAGGCCAAACUGCUCCAGCUCCUUCAAGUUGGAUGGGUUCCGCUGGUGUACAGCAAUCUUUAAGUCAUACAUACAGAUUCUCAAUUGGAUUGAGGUCUGGGCUUUGACUAGGCCAUUCCAAGACAUUUAAAUGUUUCCCCUUAAACCACUAGAGGUUUGAUUUAGCAGUAUGCUUAGGGUCAUUGUCCUGCUGGAAGGUGAACCUCCGUCCCAGUCUCAAAUCUCCGGAAGACUGAAACAGGUUUCCCUCAAGAAUUUCCCUGUAUUUAGCGCCAUCCAUCAUUCCUUCAAUUCGGCUCAGUUUCCCAGUCCCUGCCGAUGAAAAACAUCCCCACAGCAUGAUGCUGCCACCACCAUGCUUCACUGUGGGGAUGGUGUUCUCGGGGUGAUGAAAGGUGUUGGGUUUCAGAACAGGUGUGUGUAUAUAUACUGAGAUCAUGUGACAGAUCAUGUGACACUUAGAUUGCACACAGGUGGACUUUAUUUAACUAAUUAUGUGACUUCUGAAGGUAAUUGGUUGCACCAGAUCUUAACAAGUUAUUUUUUAAAUUUCACUUCACCAAUUUGGACUAUUUUGUGUAUGUCCAUUACAUGAAAUCCAAAUGAAAAUCCAUUUAAAUUACAGGUUGUAAUGCAACAAAAUAGAAAAAACGCCAAGGUGGAUGAAUACCUUUUGCAAGGCACUGUACACACACACACACACACACAUAUAUAUAUAUAUAUAUAUAUAUAUAUUUCACUCACACACACUUUGAAUUUAGCAACAAACCCUUAAACCCACAGACAUUUCAGAUCACACUCUGGCUCACGCACACAUUCAAUGAACAGACCUCAUUGCAUUCAAUGAACAGACCUCAUUUCAUAGACCUCAUUUCAUUCAAUGAACAGACCUCAUUUCAUUCAAUGAACAGACCUCAUUUCAUUCAAUGAACAGACCUCAUUUCAUUCAAUGAACAGACCUCAUUUCAUUCAAUGAUCAGACCACAUUUCAUUCAAUGAACAGACCUCAUUUCAUUCAAUGAACAGACCUCAUUUCAUUCAAUGAACAGACCUCAUUUCAUUCAAUGAUCAGACCACAUUUCAUUCAAUGAACAGACCUCAUUUCAUUCAAUGAACAGACCUCAUUUCAUUCAAUGAACAGACCUCAUUUCAUUCAAUGAACAGACCUUUUUUCAUUCAAUGAACAGACCUCAUUUCAUUCAAUGAACAGACCUCAUUUCAUUCAAUCAAUGAACAGACAUAUCAAUAUUCUAAGGUAUUUUUGAAGCCAAACUCAAUACCACUAGCUUACAUCCUUUUUAUGAAUGAAUACAUUUAAUGGAUGACUGAUGUUGGUGAUGAGGGCACUUCCUGACUAUGACAUCACAUCCUGUGUGGACAGGAAACUCUGACGGGGUUCAAGUGGAUGGGCAACCGAGCCAGAGAGCUGCUGGACCAGGACAAGAUAGUACUGUUUGCUUUCGAGGAGGCUAUAGGUACAUACCACACCACACCAUACCACACCAUACCACACCACACCAUAUUACACCAUACCACACCACACCACACCACACCACACCACACUACACUACACUGAGACAUCUGUGGCAGUGUGUUGUGUAACACAACUGCAAUUUUUUUUUAAAGUGGCCUUUUAUUGUCCCCAGCACAAGGUGCACCUGUGUAACGAUCAUGCUGUUUAAUCAGCUUCUUGAUACGCCACACCUGUCAGGUGGAUGGAUUAUCUUAGCAAAGGAGAAAUGCUCUCUAACAAGGAUGGAAACAAAAUUUGUGGACAACGUUUGAAAGAAAAAAUGCUUUUUUGUGCGUAUGGAACAUUUCGGGGAUUUUUUUAUUUAGGCUCACGAAACAUGGGACCAACACUUUUUUUAUAUUUUUGUCAUUUAGCAGACGCUCUUAUCCAGAGCAACUUACCGUAUGAGUGCAUACAAAAUCGAUACAGUUAUACAAUACCAGUCAAAAGUUUGGACACACCUACUCAAUCCAGGGGUUUUCUUUAUUCAAAACUAUGAAAUAACACAUAUGGAAUCAUGUAGUAACCCCAAAAAGUGUUAAACAAAUCAAAAUAUAUAUUAGAUUUGAGAUUCUUCAAAGUAGCCACCCCUUUGCCUUGGUGACAGCUUUGAACACUCACUCGGCAUUCUCUCAACCGGCUUCAUGAGGUAGUCACCUGGAAUGUAUUUCAAUUAACAGGUGUGCCUUGUUAAAAGUUAAUUUGUGGAAUUAUUCCAUAUGUGUUAUUUCAUAGUUUUGAUGUCUUCACUAUUAUUCUACAAUGUAGUAAUGAAAUUAGUUGGUGAAUGAGUAGUUGUGUCCAAACUUUUGACUGGUACUGUACAUAAAAUGGGAUAAAUAUUUAAAACUAAGGUUAAAUAUCUUGAGUGAGUUAGUAUGGUUUUUAACAUUGGUUAAUCAUGUGUCCUUCUGUUAUUGUCUUAAUGCAUCUCAUUAUUCUUAAAGCUUUGCAUGUGUAUAUAUUAUAAUACAAUAUUAUUUUUGGACGAUAUUAUACCGAUACUUUAUCGAUUUGUACAUAUUAUUUUCGCUAGGUAGCGUUAGCUAGCGCUAUUCGGCUGUACCUACGUACCAAAACUCCAGUAUUGUUCAUCCUAUAGCUUGUUCUCCAUCUUCUUUUUAAAUAGCGAGCCAACAUGUUUUCAGUACUUUUAUUUCCAUGACUGAUCAAAAACCAAUUUUCUCAUGGCUCUCUCUUGUCUUUCUGCAGCAGACGCAUACAUGUAACUGCCAAAAUAAAGGAAACCCCAACAUGAAGUGUCUUUAAUAGGGGCGUUGGGCCUCCACAAGCCAGAACAGCUUUAAUGAGCCUUGGCAUAGAUUCUACAAGUGUCUGGAGCUCCUAUUGGAGGGAUGCGACGGCGUUCUUCCACGAGAAAUUACAUAAUUUGGUGUUUUUUUGUUGACGGUGGUGGAAAGCGCUGUCUCAGGCGCCUGCUCCAGAAUCUCCCAGAAGUGUUCAGUUGGGUUGAGAUCUGGUGACUGAGACACACAAAUACCCUUUAAACCUUUAAACUUUGUCUCCUGAGUGGCGCAGUGGUCUAAGGCACUGCAUCGCAGUGCUAACUGUGUCACUAGAGAUCCUGGUUCGAAUCCAGGCUCUGUCGCAGCCGGCCGCGACCGGGAGACUCAUGGGCGGCGCACAAUUGGCCCAGCGUCGUCCAGGGUAGGGGAGGGAAUGGCCGGCAGGGAUGUAGCUCAGUUGAUAGAGCAUGGCGUUUGCAACGCCAGGGUUGUGGGUUCGAUUCCCACAGGGGGCCAGUGUAUAAAAAAAAAAAAAAAAAAAAAACAUGUAUUCACUAACUGUAAGUCGCUCUGGAUAAGAGCGUCUGUUAAAUGACGUAAAUGUAAAUGUAAACUCAGCAACCACACCUGUGUGGAAGCACCUGCUUUCAAUAUACUUUGUAUCCUUUACUCAAGUGUUUCCUUUAUUUUGGCAGUUACAUGUAGGAAGCAAUGUGUUUGGAAUAUCAAAUCACAAUACAAUCACAGUAUCGAAUCACAACAAUACAUAUAGAAUCACAAUACAUAUAGAAUCACAAUACGUAUAGAAUCACAAUACGUAUAGAAUCACAAUACAUAUAGAAUCACAAUACAUAUAGAAUCACGAUACAUAUAGAAUCACAAUACAUAUAGAAUCACAAUACAUAUAGAAUCAUGAGAAUCGCAGUACAUAUCGUAUGGUGAGGUCCCUGGUAAUUCAUUACAUAUCGUAUGGUGAGGUCCCUGGUAAUUCAGUACAUAUGGUAUGGUGAGGUCCCUGGUAAUUCAUUACAUAUCGUAUGGUGAGGUCCCUGGUAAUUCAUUACAUAUCGUAUGGUGAGGUCCCUGGUAAUUCAUUACAUAUCGUAUGGUGAGGUCCCUGGUAAUUCAUUACAUAUCGUAUGGUGAGGUCCCUGGUAAUUCAUUACAUAUCGUAUGGUGAGGUCCCUGGUAAUUCAGUACAUAUCGUAUGGUGAGGUCCCUGGUAAUUCAGUACAUAUCGUAUGGUGAGGUCCCUGGUAAUUCAAUACAUAUGGUAUGGUGAGGUCCCUGUAAUUCAUACAUAUCGUAUGGUGAGGUCCCUGGUAAUUCAUUACAUAUCGUAUGGUGAGGUCCCUGGUAAUUCAUUACAUAUGGUAUGGUGAGGUCCCUGGUAAUUCAUUACAUAUGUAUGGUGAGGUCCCUGGUAAUUCAUUACAUAUCGUAUGGUGAGGUCCCUGGUAAUUCAUUACAUAUCGUAUGGUGAGGUCCCUGGUAAUUCAUUACAUAUGGUAUGGUGAGGUCCCUGGUAAUUCAUUACAUAUGGUAUGGUGAGGUCCCUGGUAAUUCAUUACAUAUCGUAUGGUGAGGUCCCUGGUAAUUCAUUACAUAUGGUAUGGUGAGGUCCCUGGUAAUUCAGUACAUAUCGUAUGGUGAGGUCCCUGGUAAUUCAGUACAUAUGGUAUGGUGAGGUCCCUGGUAAUUCAGUACAUAUGGUAUGGUGAGGUCCCUGGUAAUUCAGUACAUAUCGUAUGGUGAGGUCCCUGGUAAUUCAUUACAUAUCGUAUGGUGAGGUCCCUGGUAAUUCAUUACAUAUCGUAUGGUGAGGUCCCUGGUAAUUCAUUACAUAUCGUAUGGUGAGGUCCCUGGUAAUUCAUUACAUAUCGUAUGGUGAGGUCCCUGGUAAUUCAUUACAUAUCGUAUGGUGAGGUCCCUGGUAAUUCAGUACAUAUCGUAUGGUGAGGUCCCUGGUAAUUCAGUACAUAUCGUAUGGUGAGGUCCCUGGUAAUUCAGUACAUAUCGUAUGGUGAGGUCCCUGGUAAUUCAGUACAUAUCGUAUGGUGAGGUCCCUGGUAAUUCAGUACAUAUGGUAUGGUGAGGUCCCUGGUAAUUCAGUACAUAUGGUAUGGUGAGGUCCCUGGUAAUUCAUUACAUAUGGUAUGGUGAGGUCCCUGGUAAUUCAGUACAUAUCGUAUGGUGAGGUCCCUGGUAAUUCAUUACAUAUCGUAUGGUGAGGUCUCUGGUAAUUCAUUACAUAUGGUAUGGUGAGGUCCCUGGUAAUUCAUUACAUAUGGUAUGGUGAGGUCCCUGGUAAUUCAGUACAUAUGGUAUGGUGAGGUCCCUGGUAAUUCAGUACAUAUGGUAUGGUGAGGUCCCUGGUAAUUCAUUACAUAUCGUAUGGUGAGGUCCUUGGUAAUUCAUUACAUAUCGUAUGGUGAGGUCCCUGGUAAUUCAUUACAUAUGGUAUGGUGAGGUCCCUGGUAAUUCAGUACAUAUGGUAUGGUGAGGUCCCUGGUAAUUCAGUACAUAUGGUAUGGUGAGGUCCCUGGUAAUUCAGUACAUAUGGUAUGGUGAGGUCCCUGGUAAUUCAUUACAUAUCGUAUGGUGAGGUCCCUGGUAAUUCAGUACAUAUGGUAUGGUGAGGUCCCUGGUAAUUCAGUACAUAUGGUAUGGUGAGGUCCCUGGUAAUUCAGUACAUAUGGUAUGGUGAGGUCCCUGGUAAUUCAUUACAUAUGGUAUGGUGAGGUCCCUGGUAAUUCAAUACAUAUCGUAUGGUGAGGUCCCUGGUAAUUCAAUACAUAUCGUAUGGUGAGGUCCCUGGUAAUUCAAUACAUAUCGUAUGGUGAGGUCCCUGGUAAUUCAUUACAUAUCGUAUGGUGAGGUCCCUGGUAAUUCAUUACAUAUCGUAUGGUGAGGUCCCUGGUAAUUCAGUACAUAUGGUAUGGUGAGGUCCCUGGUAAUUCAUUACAUAUCGUAUGGUGAGGUCCCUGGUAAUUCAUUACAUAUCGUAUGGUGAGGUCCCUGGUAAUUCAGUACAUAUCGUAUGGUGAGGUCCCUGGUAAUUCAGUACAUAUCGUAUGGUGAGGUCCCUGGUAAUUCAGUACAUAUCGUAUGGUGAGGUCCCUGGUAAUUCAGUACAUAUCGUAUGGUGAGGUCCCUGGUAAUUCAGUACAUAUGGUAUGGUGAGGUCCCUGGUAAUUCAUUACAUAUCGUAUGGUGAGGUCCCUGGUAAUUCAUUACAUAUCGUAUGGUGAGGUCCCUGGUAAUUCAUUACAUAUCGUAUGGUGAGGUCCCUGGUAAUUCAUUACAUAUCGUAUGGUGAGGUCCCUGGUAAUUCAUUACAUAUGGUAUGGUGAGGUCCCUGGUAAUUCAUUACAUAUGGUAUGGUGAGGUCCUUGGUAAUUAAGUACAUAUCGUAUGGUGAGGUCCCUGGUAAUUCAGUACAUAUCGUAUGGUGAGGUCCCUGGUAAUUCAUUACAUAUUGUAUGGUGAGGUCCCUGGUAAUUCAUUACAUAUGGUAUGGUGAGGUCCUUGGUAAUUCAGUACAUAUCGUAUGGUGAGGUCCCUGGUAAUUCAUUACAUAUCGUAUGGUGAGGUCUCUGGUAAUUCAUUACAUAUGGUAUGGUGAGGUCCCUGGUAAUUCAUUACAUAUGGUAUGGUGAGGUCCCUGGUAAUUCAUUACAUAUGGUAUGGUGAGGUCCCUGGUAAUUCAGUACAUAUGGUAUGGUGAGGUCCCUGGUAAUUCAUUACAUAUCGUAUGGUGAGGUCCUUGGUAAUUCAUUACAUAUCGUAUGGUGAGGUCCCUGGUAAUUCAUUACAUAUCGUAUGGUGAGGUCCCUGGUAAUUCAUUACAUAUCGUAUGGUGAGGUCCCUGGUAAUUCAUUACAUAUGGUAUGGUGAGGUCCCUGGUAAUUCAGUACAUAUGGUAUGGUGAGGUCCUUGGUAAUUCAUUAUAUAUCGUAUGGUGAGGUCCCUGGUAAUUCAUUACAUAUCGUAUGGUGAGGUCCCUGGUAAUUCAUUACAUAUCGUAUGGUGAGGUCCCUGGUAAUUCAGUACAUAUCGUAUGGUGAGGUCCCUGGUAAUUCAGUACAUAUCGUAUGGUGAGGUCCCUGGUAAUUCAUUACAUAUGGUAUGGUGAGGUCCCUGGUAAUUCAGUACAUAUCGUAUGGUGAGGUCCCUGGUAAUUCAUUACAUAUGGUAUGGUGAGGUCCCUGGUAAUUCAUUGUUGUUUGUGUUUUUAUUGAAGAGAUGGAGAGAGAAUGCGUCUACGAUGAUGAGACUACAGUUUAGUGGGAUUUAAAUGACUGUGUCCUUCACCACUGGACCAGCCAGACAACGGUUUAAUGGGUUUUAAAUGACUUCAUGUGAGUGUCAUUAGAUAUGAUGGGGGGGUUAAUGGAAUGGCCACACACCCCUUGUCAGCAGAGCACAGGGAGCAUGGCUCUUCCAUUAGAUGGUCUUAAUCACAUCACCCACCUGGUUGUGUUGCAGGGUACAUGUGUAGUUCUGCCAUUAGAUGGUCUUAAUCACAUCACCCACCUGGUUGUGUUGCAGGGUACAUGUGUAGUUCUGCCAUUUAGAUGGUCUUAAUCACAUCACCCACCUCGUUGUGUUGCAGGGUACAUGUGUAGUUCUGCUGUGCUGGAUAAAGACGGGGUCAGUGCAGCAGCCAUCGCAGGGGAGAUGACAUCAUACCUGGCCACUAAGAACACCACGCUGUCACAACAACUCACUGCUAUCUACGAGGAGUGAGACACACACACACACACACACACCUCACACACACACACACACACACACACACACACCUCAAGCAGACACCUAACACACACACACACCUCACGCAGACAUUUAUUUGACCGUUAUGUUAGAUAUGUAUGUAUAGAAAAUAAAGAAGUGAUUUUCCAGAUGUCCAAAGUGCUUUACAUAGUAACUCUCUCUCUCUCUCUCUCUCUCUCUCUCUCUCUCUCUCUCUCUCUCUCUCUCUCAUAAUAAUAAUAAUAAUAUGCCAUUUAGCAGACGCUUUUAUCCAAAGCGACUUACAGUCAUGUGUGCAUACAUUUUUACGUAUGUUAUCUCCACCCUCCUCUCCUCCAGGUAUGGGUACCACAUCUCUAAGAACUCCUACUUCAUCUGUCACGACCAGGAAGUGAUCCGGGCCAUGUUUGACCGGCUGCGUCACUACGGUAACCAGGACCAGGAGGCUGUGUCGUACCCCAGACAGUGUGGAGGCGUCCCCAUCACCGCUGUACGGGACCUCACUACUGGAUACGACAGCAACCAGACAGACAACAAGGCUGUAAGGAGAUCAACACUGUGUUAUCUACACGCUGUCUCUCUCGCUCGCUCUCCCCCCCCCAGGUUCUCCCCACCUCCACCAGUAGUCAGAUGAUCUCCUUUAAUCUCCCCCCCCCCCAGGUUCUCCCCACCUCCACCAGUAGUCAGAUGAUCUCCUGUAAUCUCUCCCCCCCAGGUUCUCCCCACCUCCACCAGUAGUCAGAUGAUCUCCUUUAAUCUCCCCCCCCCCAGGUUCUCCCCACCUCCACCAGUAGUCAGAUGAUCUCCUGUAAUCUCUCCCCCCCAGGUUCUCCCCACCUCCACCAGUAGUCAGAUGAUCUCCUUUAAUCUCCCCCCCCCAGGUUCUCCCCACCUCCACCAGUAGUCAGAUGAUCUCCUUUAAUCUCCCCCCCAGGUUCUCCCCACCUCCACCAGUAGUCAGAUGAUCUCCUUUAAUCUCCCCCCAGGUUCUCCCCACCUCCACCAGUAGUCAGAUGAUCUCCUGUAAUCUCUCCCCCCCAGGUUCUCCCCACCUCCACCAGUAGUCAGAUGAUCUCCUUUAAUCUCCCCCCCCAGGUUCUCCCCACCUCCACCAGUAGUCAGAUGAUCUCCUUUAAUCUCCCCCCCCAGGUUCUCCCCACCUCCACCAGUAGUCAGAUGAUCUCCUUUAAUCUCCCCCCCCAGGUUCUCCCCACCUCCACCAGUAGUCAGAUGAUCUCCUUUAAUCUCUCCCCCCAGGUUCUCCCCACCUCCACCAGUAGUCAGAUGAUCUCCUUUAAUCUCCCCCCCCCAGGUUCUCCCCACCUCCACCAGUAGUCAGAUGAUCUCCUUUAAUCUCUCCCCCCCCAGGUUCUCCCCACCUCCACCAGUAGUCAGAUGAUCUCCUUUAAUCUCCCCCCCAGGUUCUCCCCACCUCCACCAGUAGUCAGAUGAUCUCCUUUAAUCUCUCUCCCCCCCCAGGUUCUCCCCACCUCCACCAGUAGUCAGAUGAUCUCCUGUAAUCUCCCCCCCCAGGUUCUCCCCACCUCCACCAGUAACCAGAUGAUCUCCUUUAAUCUCUCCCCCCCCAGGUUCUCCCCACCUCCACCAGUAGUCAGAUGAUCUCCUUUACCUUCUCUAACGGGGGCGUGGCCACCAUGAGGACCAGUGGAACAGAACCCAAGAUCAAGUACUACACUGAGCUGUGUGCUGCCCCCGGCAACAGGUAUAAAACACACUCUGACAGACACACACACACUAUUUACACUAAGACACACACACACACACACACACACACACACACACACACACUGUAUACUACACUGAGCUGUGUUCUGCCCCCGGGAACAGGUACACACACUGCAAACACACACACACACACAAUACGUACACAUCCUCUAUACACAGCCACACUUCACACACACACUCAUAGCAGUGCUGUAGCAGAUGUCAAACUUUUAAUUAGUCUUUCCCUCCCUCCCUCCCCUCCCUCCCUCCCUCCCUCCCUCCAAUCUCUCUCUCCUUUCUGUCUUUCCUCCUCCUCCUCCUCUCUGUCCCAGUGAUGUUAAAGGUUUGCAGAAGGAGUUAGAUGAUCUGGUUGAUGCCAUCAUAGAGGACUUCUUCCAGCCCAUGAAGAAUAACCUGCUGCCCAAGCCGGAGUAG